AUGGGGUUUCCUGUUGGGUACACAGAGAUAAUCAUGCCAAAGAUUUUCGUACGUAUCUUUUACUUCCUGGGAUUCCUACGUGGCAUUUUCAUUUCGGUUUCCACAUUUCUCGGCCUCACCGAUUUCAUCGACCCCGCCGCCGACGACAUCUGGCAGGACUACUCCCCGCCGUCACAGUCAACGAUGAUGACGAUUCAACACCACCACCGCCUGCAAAAUCCGCCGCCGCCGACCACCGCGAUGAUUCGCGAGAUCCUGCCGGUGGUGAAGUUCGAGGACUUGGGGGGCGAUCGGCCGGAGAGCUGCGCGGUUUGCCUGUACGAAUUCGGACGACGGGAUGACGUCAGGUGGCUGGAGAGCUGCCGGCACGUGUUCCAUCGGGAUUGCUUGGAUUGUUGGAUGGAUCAGGAGCGGUCCACGUGUCCGCUUUGUAGGAUGUCCUUCGCGUCGGGGGAGUUGGAUCGACGGUCGUGGGCCACGGUAGGCAACGUGGGCAAACGAAGGCGGUUGAUCUGCUAA